AGGUUGGUUUUUGGAGGUGUCCCCGCUGAAGUGGCAACGAGUUCUCCCAUGUGACACACCUGAGCUGCCUUUGGGGAAAGCUCUCUGGACCUCCCAAUGGGCUGAUGAAGAAGUGGGCUCCCCACACCCUCUCUGUCCCCAACUGAGAUUAUGGUGGAUUUGGGAUACGGCCCAGGCCCGGGCCUCCUGCUGCUGAACCAGCCCCACAGGUGUUAGCAAGAGCCCUGCGCUGUCCAACCCCCCACCCCCCAAAGACCACCCCUUCUACCAGGGGCCUGGAGCUGGCAAGUGACUAUGCGGCUUGGGCUGUGUGUGGUGGUCCUGGUUCUGAGCUGGAUGCAUCUCGCUGCCGGCAGCCGGGGGAUCAAGGGCAAGAGGCAGAGGCGGAUCAGUGCGGAGGGGAGCCAGGCCUGUGCCAAAGGUUGUGAGCUCUGCUCUGAGGUCAACGGCUGCCUGAAGUGCUCGCCCAAGCUGUUCAUCCUGCUGGAGAGGAACGACAUUCGCCAGGUGGGCGUCUGCUUGCCUUCCUGCCCCCCGGGAUACUUCGAUGCCCGCAACCCCGACAUGAACAAGUGCAUCAAGUGCAAGAUUGAGCACUGUGAGGCCUGCUUCAGCCACAACUUCUGCACCAAGUGUAAGGAAAGCUUGUACCUGCAUAAGGGCCGUUGCUAUCCGGCCUGUCCCGAGGGCUCGGCGGCCGCCAACGGCACCAUGGAGUGCAGCAGUCCUGCACAAUGUGAAAUGAGCGAGUGGUCCCCGUGGGGGCCGUGCUCUAAGAAGAAGAGGCUCUGUGGCUUCCGGAGGGGCUCCGAGGAACGGACUCGGAGGGUGCUCCAUGCCCCUGGGGGGGACCAUGCUAUCUGUUCGGACACCAAGGAGACCCGCAGGUGCACAGUGCGGAGGACACCCUGUCCAGAGGGGCAGAAGAGGAAGAAAGGGGGCCAGGGCCGGCGGGAGAACGCCAACAGGAACCCGAGCAGGAAGGAGAGCAAGGAGGCGGGCGCCGGCUCUCGGAGACACAAGGGCCACCAACAGCCACAGCACCAAGGAACAGUGGGGCCGGUCACGCCUGCAGGGCCCACCUAGGGAUGAUUGUCACCUCCAGGCCCACGCAGGAAGAGUCCAGCGUUGCUCUGUGUGAUGAAAGCUUUACUGAACUGGAGCGCUGGGGGCAAAGCGUGUACACGCUCUCCAUGCAUAUAUGGACACACAGACACACACA